AGGAAGUGGCCAGGCCGAGGCCGCCCCGCCCCCGGCCUGCGCGCAUCACCUGCUGGCCCGGCGCGCGUGGGCGGGAGAGGGCGCCAGGGGGAGCGCGCGGGCGGCGGGCGCGGGGGUCGCGGGAGGUGAGCCGCCGAGGAUGGCGGCGCGGGGCCGCAGGCCGCCGCCGCUGCGGGCGCUCUGGCUGCUGCUGGUGCUGGGCCCCGCCGCCCAGGCGGCCAAGCUCAACAUCCCCAAGGUGCUGCUGCCCUUCACGCGGGCCACGCGCGUGAACUUCACGCUGGAAGCGUCGGAGGGCUGCUACCGCUGGUCAUCCACCCGGCCGGAAGUGGCCAGCAUCGAGCCGCUGGGCCCCGGCGAGCAGCAGUGUUCCCAGCGGGCAGUGGUGCAGGCCCGCCUAACCCAGCCCGCCCGCCUGACCAGCAUCAUCUUCGCGGAGGACAUCACCACGGGCCAGGUGCUGCGCUGUGACGCCAUCGUGGACCUGAUCCACGGGAUCCAGAUCGUCUCCACCACCCGUGAGCUCUACCUCGAAGACUCCCCGCUGGAGCUGAAGAUCCAGGCUUUGGACUCGGAAGGGAACACCUUCAGCACCCUGGCCGGCCUGGUCUUCGACUGGACGAUCGUGAAGGACACAGAGGCAGAUGGGUUCUCAGACUCCCACAAUGCACUGCGGAUCCUCACGUUCCUGGAGUCCACCUACAUCCCCCCUUCCUACAUCUCGGAGAUGGAGAAGGCGGCCAAGCAGGGGGACACCAUCCUGGUGUCCGGGAUGAAGACCGGGAGCUCCAAGCUGAAGGCUCGCAUCCAGGAGGCCGUCUACAGGAACGUGCGUCCUGCGGAGGUCAGGCUGCUGAUCCUGGAGAACGUGCUCCUGAACCCGGCGUACAGCGUCUACCUGUUGGUGGGCACCUCCCUCCGCUACAAGGUGCAGAAGAUCCGGCAGGGCAAGAUCACAGAACUCUCCAUGCCUUCCGACCAGUACAAGCUGCAGCUUCAGGACUGCGUCCCGGGCCCCGGAGGAGACCCGGGGCGGCCCGUGGCCGUCCUGGCGCAGGACACGUCCCGGGUCACCGCAGUGCAGCUGGGACAGAGCAGCCUGGUCCUGGACCACCGGAGCAUCCGUAUGCAGGGCGCGUCUCGGUUACCCAACAGCACCGUCUACGUGGUCGAACCCGGAUACCUGGGGUUCACAGUCCACCCUGGUGACAGGUGGGUACUGGAGACUGGCCGCCUGUAUGACGUCACCAUUGAAGUGAUGGACAAGUCCAGCAACAAGGUCUACCUGUCUGACAACCUCCGCAUUGAAGCCGGGUUUCCGCCUGAGUUUUUCGAGGUUCUCUCGUCUUCCCAGAACGGGUCUUACCACCGUGUCAGGCCGACACAGCGGGGCCAGACCACCAUCAACGCGACCCUCACCUCUGUGGUGGACCAGGACGGAGGGGUCCAUCUGCUCCCAGUGCCCGUGUGGAACCAGCAGGAGGUGGACAUUCAUACCCCCAUCACUCUCCAUCCCAGCAUCUUGACGUUUCCAUGGCAACCGAAGACGGGCGCCUAUCAGUACACCAUUAAGGCCCACGGGGGCAGCGGGAACUUCAGCUGGUCCUCCUCUAGCUAUAUGGUCGCCACGGUGACCGUCAAGGGAGUGAUGACCACGGGCAGCGACACGGGACUCAGCGUGAUCCAGGCUCAUGACGUCCAGAACCCGCUGCACUUCGGCGAGAUGAAGGUGUACGUGAUCGAGCCCAGCAGCAUGGAGUUCGCCCCAUGCCGGGUGGAGGCGCGAGUGGGCCAGACCCUGGAGCUGCCCCUGAGGAUCAACGGCCUCAUGCCCGGCGGGGACAGCAAGGCGGUCACCCUGAGCGACUGCUCGCACUUCGACUUGGCGGUGGAGGUGGAGAACCAGGGCGUGUUCCAGCCCCUUCCAGGGUGGCUGCCCCCAGGCUCGGAGCACUGCAGCGGCGUCCAGGUGAGAGCUGAGGCCCAGGGCUCCACCACGCUCCUGGUGAGCUACACGCACGGCCACGUCCACCUGAGCGCCAGGAUCACCAUCGCUGCCUACCUGCCCCUCAGGGCUGUGGAUCCCUCCUCGGUGGCCGUGGUCACCCUGGGCUCCUCGAAGGAGAUGUGGUUCGAAGGAGGCCCCCGACCCUGGGUCCUCGAGCCUUCCAAGUUCUUCCGGAACAUCACCUCCGAGGACGCGGACAGUAUCAGUCUGGCGCUCUUGGGGCCCCCUGCCUCCCGGAAUUACCAGCAGCACAGGAUCCUGGUGACCUGCCGGGCCCUGGGCGAGCAGGUCAUCGCGCUGUCCGUGGGGAACCAGCCCAGCCUCACCAACCCCUUCCCUGCCGUGGAGCCCGCCGUGGUGAAGUUCGUCUGUGCCCCGCCGUCCAGGUUCAGCCUCACGCCCGUCUACGCCAGCCCCCAGCUGGACCUGUCCUGUCCGCUGCUGCAGCAGAGCAAGCAGGUGGUGCCGGUCUCCAGCCACCGCAACCCGCUACUGGACCUGGCCGCCUACGACCAGCAGGGCCGCCGCUUCGACAACUUCAGCUCCCUGAGCGUCCAGUGGGAGUCCACCCGGCCCGCGCUGGCCAGCAUCGAGCUGGACCUGCCCAUGCAGCUGGUGUCCCGGGAUGAUGGGGGUGGCCAGAGGAAGUUCCACGGUCUGCAGACCGUUGCCGUCCACGAGGCGUCGGGGACCACGGCCAUCUCUGCCACGGUGACCGGCUAUCAGCAGUCCCACCUCAGCGCAGCCAGAGUGAAGCCCCUGUGUCCCGCCUCCAUCGAGCUCAUCCUGGUGGAGGACGUGAGCGUGAGUCCAGAAGUGGCGACCAUCUACAACCACCCUGCCGUCCAGGCGGAACUCCACGUCAGGGACGGCUCCGGCUACUUCUUCCUCAACACGAGCAGCGCAGACGUGGCCCGGGUGGUCUACCAGGAGGCCAGGGGCGUCGCCACGGUGCACCCUUUGUUCCCGGGCUCGGCCACCGUCAUGAUCCACGACCUGUGCCUGGCCUUCCUGGCCCCCGCGAAGGCUGUCGUUCACGUCUCGGACGUCCACGAGGUCUACGUCCGCGUGGUGGACAAGGUGGAGAUCGGGAAGACGGUCAAGGCCUACGUCCGGGUGCUGGACUUUUACAAGAAGCCUUUCCUGGCCAAGUACUUCGCCUUCAUGGACCUCCAGCUCCGGGCAGCCUCCCAGAUCAUCACGUUGGUGGCCCUGGAUGAAGCCCUGGACGGCUACACCGCUGCGUUCCUCGUGCACGGCGUGGCCAUUGGCCAGACCAGCCUGACCGCCAGUGUGACGGCUCACGCCGGACAGAGGAUCAGCUCGGCCCCGCAGCAGAUUGAGGUCUUCCCUCCGUUCCGGUUGAUACCCAGGAAGGUGACGCUCAUCAUUGGGGCGGUGAUGCAGGUCACCUCCGAGGGCGGCCCCCAGCCGCAGUCCCACAUCCUCUUCUCCAUCAGCAACGAGAGCGUGGCGGCUGUGAGCAGCGCCGGGCUGGUGCGCGGCCUGGCCGUGGGCAACGGCACCGUGUCCGGCGUGGUGCAGGCGGCGGACGCGGAGACCGGCAAGGUCGUCGUGGUCUCCCAGGAUCUCGUGGAGGUGGAGGUGCUGCAGCUCCGGGCAGUGAGGAUCCGCGCGCCCAUCACACGGAUGAGGACGGGCACCCAGAUGCCUGUCUACGUCACCGGGAUCACCAACAGCCAGAGCCCGUUCUCCUUUGCAAAUGCCGUGCCGGGCCUGAGCUUCCACUGGUCUGUCACCAAGAGGGACAUCCUGGAUCUCCGGGGACGGCACCACGAGGCGUCCAUCCGCCUCCCCGCGCAGUACAGCUUCGCCAUGAGCGUGCACGGCCGGGCCAGGGGCCGCACCGGGCUGAGGGUGGUGGUCAAGGCCCUGGACCCCGCAGCGGGGCAGCUGUAUGGCCACGGCAGGGAGCUCUCCGACGAGAUCCAGAUCCAGGUCUUCGAGAAGUUGCGGCUGCUGAGCCCCGAAAUAGAAGCAGAACAAAUACUAAUGUCACCCAACUCGUUUAUAAAGCUGCAGACAAACAGGGACGGUGCCGCCGCGCUUUGCUACCGCGUCCUGGAGGGGCCCGAGAAGGUUCCCGUCGUGCACGCUGACGAGAAGGGCUUCCUGGUGUCCGGCUCCGCGAUCGGGACCUCGACCGUCGAAGUGACCGCCCAGGAGCCUUUUGGGGCCAACCAGACCGUCGUCCUUGCUGUGAAGGUGGCUCCCAUCGCUUACCUGAGGAUUUCCAUGAGCCCCGCCCUGCACACCCAGAACCAGGAGGCCCUGGCGGCCCUGCCUUUGGGGAUGACCGCGACCUUCACCGUCCACUUCCACGACAGCUCCGGGGACGUCUUCCACGCCCACAGUUUGGUCCUCAACUUCGCCACUAACAGAGAUGACCUCCUGCAGAUCGCCAAGGGCGCCACCAACCACACCUGCGUGGUCCGCACGGCCAGCGCGGGCCUGACGCUGCUCAGCGUGCGGGACGCCGGGCACCUGGGCCUCUCCGACUACGUGCCGCUGCCCGUGCUGCAGGCCAUCUCUCCAGAGCUGCCCGGGGCGGCGGUGGUGGGGGACGUCCUCUGCCUGGCCACCGUCCUCACCGGCCUCGAAGGCGCCUCCGGAACCUGGAGCUCCUCAGCCAGCAGCAUCCUCCACGUCGACCCCAAGACCGGGGUGGCCGUGGCCCGGGACGCGGGGCCCGUGACAGUUUACUACGAGGUCCCUGGGCACCUGAGGACCUUCAAGGAGAUGGUGGUCAGCGCCCCACAGAGGAUCGUGGCCCGCCGUGUCCAGCCGGUCCAGACCAGCUUCCAGGAGGCCACAGCCUCCAAUGUGGCCGUCACUGUGGGAGACGGAAGCUCCAACCUAAGAGGCGAGUGCUCUGCGGCCCAGAGGGAGGCCAUCCGGACGCUGCGCCCCGAGUCCCUCAUCGGCUGCCAUCUGCACUUCAAGCAGGAGGCCUUCAAGCAGGAGGCCUUCGACUUCCCAGCCCGGGACGCGUUCACAGCGGAGCCCGGCUUCGACGCCACGCUGGGCCAGUACCUCUGCUCAGUCACCAUGCGCCAGCUGACGGACAAGCAGCUGCAGCACUUGAACGCCAGGAAGACACCCCUGGUGGUCACGGCCUCGCUGCCCGGCGGCCGGCUCUCUGUGGAGCAGGUGGGGGCCGAGGUGGCCCUCAGCCCCGGGCUGUACGCCGACCAGGCCGAGAUCCUCCUGAGCAACCACUUCACCAGCUCCGAGGUCAAGGUCUUCGGGGCCACGGAGAUCCUGGACAGCCUGGAGGUGAAAUCUGGGUCCCCAGCGGUGCUGGCCUUCGUGAAGGAGAAGUCCCUCGGGCUGCCCAGCUUCGUCACGUACACGGUGGGCGUCUCAGACCCCAUGGCCGGCAGCCAGGGGCCUCUGUCCACUGCGCUGACCUUCUCCAGCCCUGCCUCUCAACAAGCCAUAACCGUCCCAGUCACCGUGGCCUUCGUGACGGACCGCCGUGGGCCUGGUCCUCAUGGUGCGAGCCUCUUCCAGCACUUCCUGGACUCCUACCAGGUCAUGUUCUUCACGCUCUUCACCCUGCUGGCCGGGACGGCCGUCAUGAUCAUAGCCUACCACACGGUCUGCGCGCCCCGAGAGCUCGCCACACCCUCCGUCCUCACACCCCGAGCCAGCCCCAGGCACAGCCCCCACUACUUAGGCGCCUCCACGCCGGCCUCUUCCAACGCACUGCCUCCUGGUCGCAAGGCCAGCCCUCCCUCGGGACUCUGGAGCCCAGCCUACGCCUCCCACUAGCCGGUGCGCCCAGGCCGCCGUUUCCGCCGUCCCCGCAGCCCGGCCUCCCUCGCGCCCCUCCUGCUUCAGCAGAGCCGACCCCUGGCCCGGGCCGCCCUCCUCGCGUGCAGGGGUCCCGGGUCGCUGGUCCGCUGGCCCUUUGCGCACGGCCGCCGGGGAUUCCUGGACCGUGUGCCUCGCGUCCUCUGCUCCUGGCGCCGCUGACAAGUGCUCCGCCUCCCAGCAGCUGGAAGGUCCUGCGCGACAUCACCGUCGCGGUCUCAGGGAAACGGUCUUCUAGUUGCUCUGGGGCGUCGUCGGGGGGCGGGCGACCCUGGCUCCGCCCGCAGCUACGGCCAAGGCACUUUGGGUAGUUUUUUCCCCUGGGAAAACUUUUCUCGUCUGGCUGCUGCUAGGGAAGGUGGGGGUGGACAGAGGGACGUGUGUGUCCCCGGCCACCGCUCCAGAAGCCUCAGGAACUGCACCCAGAGCCCCGCGACCGCUGAGCCCCGAGUGAGCGAGAUGCUGGGAGAACUGAGCACUGAGCUGCGUGGAGCCACUUCCCGCCCUCUCUGGGCCACUGUGACAGAAUCAGCCCUCCUUGUCUCACAAGCUCUAGAAACUUCUGGUUCCUUCUUGGUUUCUGCCCUGCCGGGGCGUCCUAUGACCCCAGCUGCUCUGCCGACGUUCUGGAGCCUGCGGCGUGACUGUGACCUGGCCCCUCCUCUGGUCCCCCUGUAAUACCUCGCAGAUCUGAGCCAGCGCCAGCCAGGCAGGCCUGUCCUCCCGACCCCGCUCUGCCCAGCAGCAUCCUGUGGGCCCUCCAGGCUGCCCAGGGCCUGUCCCCCAGGACAGGACUCCACAGGAAGAGCCCAGAAGGCCCGCUCUGCCCAGCGCCCAGGGCCAGGAAGGCAGCCCUAGGAACCGGGCUGGAGCUUGGUGCACCCUUGUGCCCUGGAGCCAGCCGCGCCUGCACGCCGUGUCUGCAGAGCGUCCAGCCGAGCCUGGCCGUGGGGGCUGGACACAGGACCAACGUGGCGAAGCUGGGGAAGGGCCAUCCGUGCCUUGCCUGAUAGUGACCUCACACUGACGACCUGGAUGUCGGGAGCCUUUCUCCUCGAUGGAUUUAAUAAAGCUCUGUGUUCUUUCUCAA